UCAAACUGAAUCUUAACUAACCGUGGGAGUUGAGGUUUUAGCAUUUAUCAAUAUUCAACUUUGUUGACUUAGACUUGAAGCUUUCAUGGGUAGCUCACCACUUCCAGGAAGUGGUACACUGAGGAACUGCUCGAGACACUUUAUGACAAACAUUGGCAUUUAGCCGAUGCAUAAAACUCAGAGUAAGUAGUCUAGGCCUAUAUCAUUUUUGACAUUAAGUGCCACCGAGUGACUUUUGUCAUCGUUGAUUCGCGCUUCUACAGUCUCCGCGCGUCAGGAUUUCCAUCAAGUUAACUGAGAGGAAUGAAUCGCGUGAGAUCAGAAGUGAAACGUUUCAAUGAACCUGACAUAGUUUGAAGAUGAGUAUGAAUUAUUCCCAUGUAAUAUUGUGAUGGCUUCAUCAACCGAUAGACCCCACAUUUCAGGAGCAAAGGAGAAGCAAACUGUAAAGGCCCGGCUCCUGUCUUCACAGAUGCUUCUGGUGGAUGCUCUUUAUCACUUGAGCCCUCUGCUAGACUGUGUUAUAUCUGUAGGUCUGCUCUCUAGAGAAAACUGUUAUGAAAUUGAAGCAGAACGAACGCCACCCAACAAAGUCCGAAAACUUUUAGAGAUUGUUGAUGCUCAGAUGGAUGAAAGUGGUGCCUCCAGUUUCAUGGAGUGUCUGAGAAAAUGCAAGAAACAUUACCCGCGUCUACGAACCUGGUUGACCUCAGAAGAAGAUUACUCCCAGCCACCAGGCAUUACGCAAGGUCCAACAGAACGUCAACUACAGGCCCAGUUUAAUGUUUUGUGCUCACGCUUGGGCUGUUCUGUACUGCCGGUCUCCUUCGAUCUCUUCUCCAAAGGCAUUCUGACUCAGCUGGAGCUGGAGAAAAUCCAAGCAAUACUCAUUCCAACACAGCAAGCACAAACCCUGCUGUCCAUCUGCCUGAAGAAAGGAGAAAAAGCAUGCAAGAGCUUUUACACAGCGCUAAAGAAUGAAGACGAGCAGCUAGCUGAGGAACUUAAUGUGAGCAGUUUGGUGGAAGACCUUAAUAAAGAGCCUGAAGGCAGCAUUGUGCCGAUAGCAGUGGAGGAGACCAGAGGUCACUUGAUGGCUUUACCUCUGUCAGGAGGCCUGCAGCAGGUCAUGACUCGGCUGGGCUUGACUGUGGGGGAUGAGAUUAGGUUUAAUGUCUGUGAGGUUGGUGUGGCGGUAGGUUUGCCACGCCGGACGGUCAGAGAGUACUUUCUGGAAGGGGUCGGCAUAGAAGACUCAGCCCAGCUGGAGGCCCUAGUGUCCCUGUAUAUAGAGAAGACGAAGGAUGCCGACAGACUACUGAGCAGAGUGGCAGAACUCAGCCCUCGGUGGGUCCAGCUUUCAGAGAGGGGGUGCCUGCUGUUGAGGUUGCUGCAAAAAGCCGAGACUCUUCUACGCAGUGGUAUCCACAGUCACCGGCACAGCUGGGACCACCUUCACGAUCAGGACCACUUACGCAGCUGGGACCACCUGUGUCCUGAUGACUGCACAGAUCAGCGCACUGUGUGGGCCAUCUUCAGCUUUCUGGUGUGGGACUGCAUGGCAGAGGUUCUGGAGGAGCCAGAGGCGAAGCCUAGCGGUGGCAUAAUAGGCAUGAUUGAGCAACUGAGCGCCAGCGGCAGAGUGGAGGCCGCUUUGCUGCAGGAAGUGGAGCAGUGCUGGACUGAAGGGGACGCUGAGAGCCUGCUGCAGAGUUUGAGAGUCCUCGCUCAGGUGCUAAGAGACCUUCAUCCCCUCCAGGAAGGCCUCCAGCUGUCCUCUUCAGUUGAAGGGUUGUUUUCCUGCAGGCCCAGCAGGCUACACCGGGUCACUUCCUUCCAGGGCGUCUCUCCGCGGGUCAUCCGUAAAGCUCUAAGCAGCAUGGUUCCAUCCUCCUCGGACCAGGAUGCAACUCUUCUAGCUAGACAGCACAUGGAGGCAUGCAUUCGUAUUGCAUGUCUCCUAGAUGUCGUGCAGCCCAAACGAACCACCAUUGACUUUUCAAAUGCGCCCAUUGCUACGGUCAUCCAGCAUGUGCGGUUUGUCUUAUCAAAUCCUGCUUUUAACUCUGAAGCUUUUGACGCCGGAGUUCGCCAUCGCUUGCUUUCAGUGUUGGAGUUCAAUCCUGCGCAGCUGGGAUUAGGCUCUCUCAUGCAGCUCCACCAGGAGACCCUAUCAGAAUUCCAAACAUACUUACAACUCGGCGAGCACCACAACUUCCAGUUUAUUCUCGAAUCGGUACGGAUACUCUGUCCUGCCAAGCUAUUUUCCGUCAGCAGGGUUCACGGGCCUGUCGCCAUCGACAAUGGGGUGGAGGAGGUCAUUCGUUUUAUCACGUCAGAAGCCACUUCAUUCCUGGUACGAUUGCACUGUCUUUGUUAUGAAGAAGGAAGGGGGCGCUUCAAGGUGUGCGCGCCACGUUGCGUAUGUAUGUAUCUGCUCAAAGCAGAAGGGCUGCGUGACAUGCAGUGGUGCGGUGGCAACGUUUUGGCUGAGGUAGGUGGGAAAGUGUGGGUCAGAGAGGGAGAAAGUGAUGGCUGGGAUGAGCUACAGGCGCUGGCUCAGAGACACUCUGCUCAGCUCAAGGAUGAAGGAUGCUGCUUUAAGGUCAAGACCUCUGGGUUGGAGUGUGAGGUCAAAUUUAUAUACAGGAGUGGAAGGCUAUGGGCUAUGCCACAUAGGGACUGUGAGGUAAAUUAAAAAUACGGGUAGUUGACAUGAUGUGUAGCUGUGACAAACAGUAGCUGCGUUUCCAUUACCCAUCAAACUGCGAAUUUAAUGGAAAUACGCCAAUUUCACAAGCAUGCCAAAUAUCGCAAAAACGUUUUUAUGCUGGCAUGAGGUGGUUUUUGGAGCAAUUCAAAAAAGCUAGUGUCACAUGGUGUACUUCAUUUAAAAGUAUUUAAAGUUUUUUAUUCCCUCAAAUUUUUUACAUUCAUAGAUUAAUUUUAUGAAUAAAAAUGUAUUUGUAGGUAUUUAGGUGCAAAAACACAAGCAAAUUAUAACGUGAAAAGCACACUUAUUAUCUUACAGUAUAAAAAGUAUUGAGCCUCGCACAUGAUAUGCAGGAAUAUAUAUAUAUAAAAACUGACACACAUCGUGGCCACAGAUUAAAAAUUUGUUCUCAUGGUUUAGAUAAAUCGCAACAAAUAAAUUAAUACAUUGUGGUCAUACUUUUACUAAAAUGAGAGAACAAAUUCUUAAUUCUUGGCAACAAUAAAUACAUUUUUGUCCGCAUGUCAAGUGCAGAGCUUCAUAAAAAAGGAAAAGAGCAAGUAAAUACCACAAAUUGUAAACUAAAGUCUGAAAAAUCAUAUUUGUGCUGUAUUGUGCUCGAUAUGCGAAAGCAUACUGAGGUUUUACUGACUGCAUAUUAUAUCAACUCUUGUUUGGUGGUUUACAUGGUGCUAUGCUACUGAAAAUCAAUAAC